CGAGGGGCCCGGGGCGAGGGGCCCGGGGCCGGCCUGCCCUGGGGACCCUGUACCGGCUUUCCCGGGGACCCUCUGGGAGAGGAGACCCUGCCGUGGCCUGUAAGAAGGGACCCGCGGCAGCGACCGAGGCCCUGGGGUGCGGACGGGAGGGAGAGAAGGCCGGCCCUGGGAGCUGCGAUCCGCCGCACUCAGGCCUGGUCCCGAAUUGGAUCCUUGCACCCCGUGUGCCAGAGGGCGAGCCACGCACAGAGCCCAGCUCUGAUUCCCUGAACAGCACGUGGUCCCUGUGACUUCCAGCCACAGCCAUGGGAUUGUUUGACAAGCUGGCAGGAUGGCUUGGCCUGAAGAAAAAGGAGGUUCACGUCUUGUGCCUUGGCUUGGACAACAGCGGCAAAACAACCAUCAUCAAUAAACUCAAACCUUCAAAUGCUCAAACUCAGGACAUCGUUCCAACAAUAGGAUUCAGUAUAGAGAAAUUCAAGACUUCAAGUUUGUCUUUCACAGUGUUUGAUAUGUCAGGUCAAGGGAAAUACAGAGACCUCUGGGAACACUACUACAAAGAAGGCCAAGCCAUUAUUUUUGUCAUUGAUAGCAGUGACAAAUUAAGAAUGGUUGUGGCCAAAGAAGAACUUGACACCCUUCUGAAUCAUCCAGACAUUAAGCACCGCCGGCUGCCUAUUCUCUUCUUUGCUAACAAGAUGGACCUCAGGGAUGCAGUGUCAUCUGUGAAAGUGUCUCAGCUGCUGUCCUUAGAAAACAUCAAAGACAAGCCCUGGCAUAUCUGUGCCAGUGAUGCUCUUAAAGGAGAAGGAUUACAAGAAGGUGUGGAUUGGCUCCAAGGUCAGAUGCAAGCAAUGAAGACAUGAGAGAUAAAUAAAGAAUCUGUGGGGUUGUUUUACACCUUUUGUCAGUAGGUGAAGAACAAGUUCCUUGGAAAGGAAGAAUGAUUUGAAGAAGAUGAACAGUUCAGCUAAAAUAUCCUGUAUUGACUUGUUUCAGUUUAGUAUCUCUUCCAGGAAAAGUGAAUGUAGACAACCUAGCACCUCAGGUAUGCACAUUGAUGAAUUAAAUUGAAUCUUGUAGACUGGAGAGCGUAUACAAAAAAAAAUAUUUGUGUUAACAAUAAACAUCUGCAUUCAUUUGAGGUUUAGGUGAUAAUUAGCCAUCAGUAAAUGCCCCUCUGUUUUUUGGGGGGAUGUGUUUUGAGCAAAUGGGAAUAUUUAUUUUCCAGAGAAACAAUAAUCAGCACUUCCUGAAAUCCAUCUACAUAAGAUACCUACUGAUUUUAGAUGCCCAGUUUUAGGCAUUACUGCCAUUUUUUUAUAUUAAAGUUUGAUGUUGGGUUUUUAUUAUCCAUCUCUAAUAUACUUCUAUAAGAGUAUUUUGAUUAAAGAUAUAAGGAUUCAAGUGUUCAGUAUAUUUGUUAUAGAUGAUUGCAGAUGUUUUUAAGAAAUUGCUUUUAACUAAAUGUUACUAAUUGUUUUUUGUGAUUAUACCAUGGUUAUAUUUGCACUCCCAUCAAUAAAACUACAAAUAUAUGACAUGCCCUGAUUGGGUUUUUUAACUUCAAUAUGCUCAUUAAUGGUCUUUACAUCCUAGAGAUUUCUGGUUUUCUAUUAAUUUCAUUUGGAAUUUGUUUAUCCAUAUUCAUGUGGAUAUCGCACUGUAUAUGUAAUAAAAUGGUAUCUCUGUUGCCAAGGGGUUUUUUUAUUAAUUGCAUAUAUUUUUUACACUGCCUAAUCCACUAGACUUCUCUUUCAGAUACUUGAGGAGCAUAUGAAUCACAGGAUGGGUCAGACUGGAAGGGACCACAGUGGGCUCAUCUGGCCCAACCUCCCUGCUCAGGCAGGACCAUCCCAGAGCACAUGGCACAGGAUUGCAUCCAGGUGGUUCUGGAAUAUCCCCAGUGAGGGGGACUCCACAGCCUCUCUGGACAAUCUGUUCCAAUGCAUGGUCACUGCACAGGAAAGUUCUUCUUAUGUCCAGGUGGAUUUUCCUGUGUAUCAGUUUCUUGCAAGUUGUUUGAAAACACAGUUAAGGGACAGCUCACUGGUUUACUAGAUCAUUAUUAUGAAAUGUCUUACAUAUAUAUAUCUUGUGUAUAAAGACUGUUUUACUUCCAAAAAUAAAUGUAAUAAACAUUCUGGCUCCAAAGUGUACCAUAUGUAAAAAAUUAAGAACUUUAUUUUUGUUCUGCCACUUCAGGAAAGAGCAGACUGACCCUGGCAGUGCUGAAGACUCCAUUUAACUCAGUGAUUUUCCCUGAUCCCUGUGGGACAUGUAACAUGCAGCUCUUGCAAAAGCUUCCCCCCACACCCAUUAGCAUAUGAGACACAUAAAUGUUCUGUCAGCGUGGCUUCUAGGCCUCACCUCAUAGAGGAGUAUUUGGAGCAAAGGGAACUGAAAUGGGAGAACUGUUAUGUACUCUCAGUUGUUAAAUAGUUAAAUUUAACUCCCCUGCUUUGCCAAAAUAAAAUCUCACUGUAAGAAAUCUUUCUUACAGGAUACUGUGGUCUUACAGUUCAGUUAAUCAUGGAAGUAUUUUCAUGUCCCUUUCUGUGACACUGUUGGCCUUUUGUCAACUUUGAAUCCAAGUGUCUAUACAAAAAUCAAAUACAAAGGAGGAACAGUAAUAUAUCAUCCUGAUAAAUUUUCCUCUGAAUUGUGGGCAGAUAAUUUUGGGUUUACUUUGCUUUGGAUAAUGUAGUAAUUAAAAUAAUGGGUUGGAAGGGAACUUAAAGAUCAUUGAGUUCCAGCCCCUCCCUUGCUUGGACAAGGGACACCUUCCACCAGACCAGGUUGCUCAGAGCUCCAUCCAGCCUGGCCUUGAACAAUUCCAGGGGUGGGAACACUGCAAAUUCCUUGGGCAAUCACUGCCAGUGCCUCACCACACUCUCCAUAAAGAAUUUCUUCUCAAUAUCUAAUCUAAAACGAUUCUCUUGAAAGUAAUACUUGUAAAACUGUUUUGCUGUGUGUAUUUUGUAAUUAUUGUGGAUCGCUUAUAUGUCUUAUUCAAGUGAAACAUGUAGUUUUAAGUUAACAGUUUCUUUUCUACCCAAGAAAAUUUAAGUUCUUACAUAGAAUCCAUCUGCA